AGAAUGCCAGCAUCCAAAGAGAUCCUUUUAGCUGAUUCCAGUUCUACUGCAACCAUGCCCAAGAUUUCCAAGCAGACAGAUUUCCAACUAGUGAGAAUCAAAAAUACUUGGUGUCGGAUCAAGAAAGGUGAACCUGUUCAUGAUUCUGAAGAUAAGAUCACUGCCUCGCAAGCUAAAAUAACUGAAGUUAUCUCAGGUGGUGAGAUAUCCUGGACAAUUGAGGCCCCUAUCUACUUCUGCUAUAAGGUGGUGGAAACAUGCAGUCUCCUGGAUCCCUCCAAUCAGACACUGCUAUAUGGGCACAUCAGAGAGUCAGGGGAAUUGGAGAAGGCCCUCAACAAUAAAGAAACACAGAGGCGUUUCAUUGUAAUAGAUAAGACCGUCAAUGAACUUUAUGGCUCAAUAGUUAGGAAGUAUUUUGAUGACAACUAUGUUCAAUAUAAAAUCCUUUCCUUGCCCACAAUUGAAGAAAACAAAUCUAUAGACAUGGUGCUUGAUAUCCUGCAAGAAGUGCAAAGCUUUGGCCUUGACAGGCGGACUGAGCCAAUUAUAGCAAUUGGAGGAGGAACAUGCCUAGAUAUUGUGGGUCUGGCAGCAUCACUUUAUCGGAGGCGCACCCCUUACAUCCGGGUCCCAACCACUCUUCUGUCAUAUGUGGAUGCCAGCGUUGGAGCAAAGAAUGGUGUAAAUUUCCUUCAGUGCAAAAACAAGCUUGGAAGCUAUGUCCCACCCGUUGCUACUUUUCUGGACCGCAUCUUCAUCCAAACAAUCCCACGUCAGCAUAUCUCCAAUGGUCUUGGAGAAAUUUUAAAGAUGGCACUCAUGAAACAUAAAUGCCUAUUUGAUUUAUUGAAAACCCAUGGAAAAUUCUUACUGGAUACCAAAUUCCAGUCGCACAAUGGAUUAGUUGAUCAUGGGGAUGCUGCACUGAAAACAACCAGAAUUGCCAUAGAAACUAUGCUGGAAGAACUUGCUCCAAACCUUUGGGAAGAUGAUCUGAACAGACUGGUUGACUUUGGUCACCUUAUAAGCCCAGAAUUGGAAAUGAGAGCGUUACCAUCACUGAUGCACGGAGAAGCUGUGAAUGUUGACAUGGCUUUCAUGACUUACGUGUCCUAUGUGAAGGGACUCUUAAAUGAAAUGGAGAAGAUUCAGAUUAUUCAAUGCAUGAGUUCUUUGGAACUCCCAGUAUGGCAUAAAGAAUGCACAUGGCAUCUUAUUAAAAAGGCCCUGACAGAAAGAUUGAAACACAGUGCUGGCCAGAUGAGAAUGCCUCUUCCAACUGGGCUUGGAACAGCAGAUAUAUUCAAUGACAUCAGUGAGGAAACUCUGGAAAGGGCUUACACACUCUGGACCAAUGAAUGCAGGCCUAUCUCUAUGAGAUCAUGAAGACAAGAGAAAUUUCCGACUGGCAACAGCACUAUUCUCCUGCUUAAAAUAGUGUAAACCAGGAAUUCACAUGAUGUAUUCAUGGACAAUGUUGAACCAGUAACUCUUUGACAAUAUUCAAAUGCUUGUCCGCAUGGAGGAACAGCCCAGAAGGAAAGAUCACCUAUUAGCAGUAACUGUCUUUAGCGUCAAUUCUACCUCUUCAUGAAAGAGAAAGAGAUUCCAUCUCUCUGAUUAACUACUUAUGGUGGCCCCUUCAUAUGGUUUUCUUUGCUGUCUUUGGAAAAUUGCAAUCUUCUUGCCAUCAGGUGAAACUGAGAAAUGUGCAGUGUAUUAGGGGUGAGGCACUGGUGAGGAUAAGCCUCCCACAAGCUGUUUCUCUGGUUCAACACAUUAGUGCAAUAUGACAGCAUUUCUUGGCUCCCUGAAUACAACAUAUGAGACUGGUUGCAACUUAUUAAGUAAGAAUCACCAAACCAAGAGGCCAGUUAUCUAAAUACUAUUUGGUUCAAUAUGUGCAUCCCUACAAUCUGAUUUGAUUUUACAGUGCAUCUUCCAAUAUGUCUAGACUUAUGUGAAUUCAUAUAAGUAGAUAUUAUUCAAGUAGAUAUAAAUUAGGUAUAUUUUGCAUGUUUAGCAAAUACCCUAAGAGUCUAACAGUAUGUUUAACAAUGUAGUAUUCCCAACUUGCAUUUUGGAAUAUAAACUGAUACAUUGGGGGGAGGGGUAUAGUAAUAUUUGGAUAAAACAGGAGUAGGAAACAUCAGCUCCUGGGGCCAAAUCCAGCUAUCAGUUUUCCUAGAUCAGGCAUGGGCAAACUUUGGCCCUCCAUGUGUUUUGGACAUCAACUCCGAGAAAUCCCAGCCAGUUUACUAGCUGUUGGGAAUUGUGGGACCAAAACACCUGGAGGGUCAAAGUUUACCCAUGUCUUUUCAAGAUCAUUGGGCAUUAUUGGGGAACAAGAUCCAAAAUUAUAUAGUUUUUUUUUCCUGCCCAUUUUCUAAAAAGCUGAAAUGCCUGUAGUUUAAGCUAAAGGCCUUUUUGGACUCACUAUUUUAUCUUUGGUCCUAUGUGGGCCUCAUACCAUGGGUAUGCGGCCCACACAGACAGAAUUUGAUCCUUGAGCUAAAAGAUUUCUUCGCCAUUGCAAUAGGGCACUCUGGGGUGUCAUGAUAAGGUUACAGCAUUAGAUUGCAUGUGUUCUUCAAACAGAGCACUUAUGCAGAACUGUCCUAAGGGCAUUGGUAGGUUGUUGAUAACCUCUUGUCAUGUGUUGUGGCAUUAAUAGAUUUUGGAGAAACAAAUGUUUGUCAUAUACAGAUUUCCAUUAAUGCUUCUGUUGCUUUAUGUUAUACAUGCAUUUUUGUAGUUUUAAUUAAAUCUAUACAGAGUCACA